UGAUGUUGAUAUUUUUUCCUUCUAAAUUAUAAACUUAAUAUAUGCAUGCAUGCAUCCUGAUUUUCUUUCUUUUUUAUCAAAUAUCAAACUAGGAUUUUUUUUCUUUAUAAAAAUUACUUGUUUAAACAAAUUAAAGAAUUACUUACUGUCUACACAUUUCUUAUGGACAUGCAUCCAAAUUAUGAUUUCCAAAUAUGUUAUUAAAUUAAGAAAGAAUAUAUUUUUCUUUUGAAAAAAAUUGAUUACCGUGAGAUAUUACAUUUUGUAUAGAUUGGAGUAGUACAUGCUCAAAGUAAUAUAAAGAGAUGGAGCUCUCAAAUGUAAUGACCCAAAAAAAAAAAAAAAAGAAGAGAGAUAGAGCUUUGUAAUUUCUAAAAGUAGUGAGUUGUGGUGAGAUGGAACCAAGCAUGUGGUCCAAGCUUCCUUCAGAUCUCAUUCAGUUGAUUUUUGAACGUCUUGGUUUUGCAGAUUUUCAAAGGGCUAAAUCUGUUUGUUUAUCUUGGCGCUAUGCAUCCAAACAAUCUUCGCCAAACAAUCAAAUCCCUUGGCUGAUUCUAUUUCCAGAAAAAGGUAAAGAUUACUGCCUCUUGUUUAAUCCCGAGGAAAAAGAUGAGAAGUUAUACAGAAUUCAAAAUAUAGGUGUCAACUUUGCAAAUAGUAAUUGUUUGGCUACUUAUGGAAGUUGGCUCUUGAUGCAAGACGAUCAUCAAUACAAUAUAAUAUACAUUUUGAAUAUAUUCACCUGUGAGAAGAUCGAUCUGCCUUCCAUGAAGUCUCAACUUAGCAUUGUGGAGACUGAAGAUGAUAUGUUUCUUGUACAAUUACAUGACAACAGAGAUGUUUUAUUCUGGUUCGACGAAAAAACCAAAGAUUAUGUUGUUAUAUGGAUAAUCCAAGCCCGUUUUUUGGUUUAUUCCAGAAAAGGUGAUAAAUAUUGGAAACGAAUUGAGCUUUUCAACUUUAAUUUUGACAUGGUAUACAAAGAUCAUAGACUUUACUUGUAUACUAGCUCUCGUGAUGUCAAAGUCUUGGAUUUUUCUCAAGGUAUCCCGCGACAAGUAUUUGAGACGCAAGUUAACUAUGAUUAUUCGAGAAAGCCAGAGGAUGUUUUCUACUAUGAUGCUCCUCUUCAUGUAUGUAGGAAGAUCAAGACUGAAAAUCUUGUAGUCAGAGUGACUGGUGAAGUUCUGAGGGUUAAGAGCAUAGUUUUGUGCAAUUCCGACGUUUGGUACUUCCGCAUCUACAAGAUGAAUUCAUCAAAUAGCGAGUGGGAGAAACUUGAUUCUUUGGGAGACGAAGAAGCAAUAUUUUUGGAUCUUGGUAUCACCGUUACGCUUGCCAACACUAUCAAAGGAGUCAACGGAAACUCAAUAUAUUUCAGCGGCAAUCAUAAUAACUAUUGUGAUUCUGAUUUGGGUCAUUUUUGGAGUAAAAACGAUAUACUUAUCUUCAAUCUUGGCACUCAAGAAAUUGAAAGACCACACCCAAGUAUCUUUUCGUCAAUUCAAUUAUCUAAUGCUCGAUGGUUUGUCCCAAAUUUCAAACAAAUGUGAUUGGUCUCAACUCUAUUAAUGUGCCUUUUCAAUUCUCUUCCAAGUGAGAGCGUUACAUUUACCAUGUUCACCUGUGAGAAGAUCGAUCUGCCUUCCGGUUUAUCUCUAUAUUCAGCUCUCUCUCUGUUUCGUUUUUCUAGGAGAUUAAAAAUGAGUUUUGGAUUACUCUAUGGGUUGUUGUAGUCUCAACUCUAACAUAUUUAUCUUCCUGCUAUAAUUUUCUCAUAUACAUCAUCUUGGAUUUGGUUUGUACUAUAUAUGCAACGUCUUCGUUGUCAAAUCUUUAGUUUAUGGUUGGUAAAUUUCAAUUGUGAGUUUAUUUAGUUGGUUUAUGUGUUGAAUGUGUUGUGAGUAAACGCCAUCAGCAUUUUGGCGACGAAAUUUAUGUGCUUUGAGAUAAACGAGCUUUCUUAGUUGAGACCUGUGACGAAUGCAUGCUCUGUUUAAGGACAUGGUCUUCAAAAAUAUCUUUUUUUCUCAAGUAUGUUUUGAUGUCCUGAACACAACACCCUCCUGUUGGAACACAAUUUUUCAAACCGAAAACAUUACA